AUGGAAGUCGGACUAGCGGCAGAUGGGAAUUCCACUAGGCUUGAGGGGAAGUAUAAGGCAAUGUUGGUAUGCUGGCUUCUUGGAAUUGGGUGUUUGUUUUCUUGGAAUAGUAUGUUGACUAUAGAAGAUUACUACGUUAAUUUGUUUCCGAAAUACCACCCUUCGAGAGUUCUCACACUUGUAUAUCAGCCAUUCGCCUUUAUUACACUUGCGGUACUUACAUACCAUGAAGCAAAAGUAAACACUAGAAAGCGCAACUUGUUCGGAUACAUUCUUUUCUUUUUAAGUACUCUUGCUGUUCUAGUGUUGGAUUUAGCCACUUCGGGCAAAGGAGGUAUAGGACCUUUUAUCGGGGUGUGUGCAAUAAGUGCUGCAUUUGGCUUAGCCGAUGCACACGCACAAGGUGGAAUGGUUGGAGACCUGUCGUACAUGCAACCGGAGUUCAUCCAAUCAUUUCUAGCCGGUCUUGCUGCAUCAGGCGCUAUUACCUCCGGUUUAAGAAUGUUAACGAAAGGCGUGUUUGAUAGCUCGCAGAAUGGUCUACGUAAGGGAGCUAUUUUGUUUUUCGCGAUAUGCACAAUCUUUGAGUUGCUGUGUGUUGUCCUUUAUGCCUUCGUUUUCCCAAAGCUUCCAGUUGUGAAAUACUACCGCUCAAAAGCAGCUUCUGAAGGGUCUAAAACAGUUUCAGCGGAUCUUGCAGCUGGUGGCAUUCACUCGCAUUCUGAAAAGGCUGGAUCUAACUCUAAAACCGCAGAAAGAUUGACGAACAUGCAAUUGCUAACAGAAAAUAUAGAUUAUGCCUUGGAUAUGUUUCUAAUAUACCUUUUGACAUUGUCUAUAUUUCCCGGGUUCUUAUCUGAAGACACCGGUGCACAUAGCUUGGGUUCAUGGUAUGCGAUUGUUUUAAUUGCUAUGUACAAUGUGUGGGAUCUUGUGGGAAGAAAUGUGCCGCUACUUAAAUGUGUAAAAUUGGAAUCACGGAAAGGAAUGAUGUUUGCUGUUCUUGCAAGAUUUUUGCUCAUCCCGGCGUUCUAUUUCACGGCUAAGUAUGCUGAUCAAGGUUGGAUGAUAUUUUUGACAUCCUUUUUGGGGUUAUCUAACGGUUACCUUACCGUUUGUGUGCUUACUUCUGCUCCAAAAGGCUACAAGGGACCAGAACAAAACGCACUAGGGAAUAUACUUGUAUUGUUUCUGUUAGGAGGUAUUUUUGCUGGGGUAACCUCUGACUGGUUAUGGCUAAUUGGCAAAGGUUGGUGAGUAGUUUAGCACUAUGUAAUUUUCGUGUCUAAGUUAGUGGUAUCUUCUUUGUUAGUCGAAUGCAAAAACAUGAAAUAGUAAGUAAAUAGUAUACUUGAAUUUUCUUUGCAUUUCUAUUUCUGUUUUUAUAACCACCAAUUGUCAAAAAGGUUAGUGACGUUAAUCACGUUAUCUUUCUGGU